UAGAGAAAGCUAGGAGGCUGCAGAGCGCGGGUGGGCCCCGCCUCCUCCUCUUUCCCUGCGGAUCCUGCACCCGAGCGGACGCGCGCAGCUGACAUUGUCUCCUUGGCGGGACUCUUUCUAAGAUCUGGAGAGCCUUCUCUCUCCCGUGCACAAUGGCAACGCUUAAGGAAAAACUGAUUGCACCUGUUGCAGAAGAAGAGGCAGCGGUCCCCAACAACAAGAUCACCGUCGUGGGUGUUGGACAAGUUGGAAUGGCAUGUGCCAUCAGCAUUCUGGGAAAGUCUCUGGCUGAUGAGCUUGCUCUUGUGGAUGUAUUGGAAGAUAAACUCAAAGGAGAAAUGAUGGACCUGCAGCAUGGGAGCUUGUUUCUUCGGACACCGAAAAUUGUGGCAGAUAAAGAUUACUCCGUGACCGCCAAUUCGAAGAUCGUGGUGGUAACUGCAGGAGUUCGCCAGCAAGAGGGAGAGAGUCGUCUCAACCUGGUGCAGAGGAAUGUCAAUGUCUUCAAAUUCAUUAUUCCUCAGAUCGUCAAGUACAGCCCUGACUGCAUCAUAAUUGUGGUUUCCAACCCAGUGGAUAUUCUCACCUAUGUUACCUGGAAGCUAAGUGGAUUACCCAAGCACCGUGUGAUUGGCAGUGGAUGCAAUCUGGAUUCUGCUAGAUUUCGCUACCUUAUGGCUGAAAAACUUGGCAUUCAUCCCAGCAGCUGCCAUGGGUGGAUUUUGGGAGAACACGGCGACUCAAGUGUGGCUGUGUGGAGUGGAGUGAAUGUGGCAGGCGUUUCUCUUCAGGAACUGAACCCAGAAAUGGGAACGGACAAUGAUAGUGAAAAUUGGAAGGAAGUGCACAAGAUGGUGGUUGAAAGUGCCUAUGAAAUUAUCAAGCUAAAAGGAUAUACCAACUGGGCUAUCGGACUAAGUGUGGCUGACCUCAUUGAAUCCAUAUUCAAAAAUUUAUCCAGGAUUCAUCCAGUGUCAACCAUGGUGAAGGGCAUGUAUGGCAUUGAGAACGAAGUCUUCCUGAGCCUUCCAUGUAUCCUGAAUGCUCGGGGAUUAACCAGCGUCAUCAACCAGAAACUGAAGGAUGACGAGGUUGCUCAACUCAAGAAGAGUGCAGAUACCCUGUGGAACAUCCAGAAGGACCUCAAAGACCUGUGACUGCAGGCUGCUUCUAGACUGUAGAAACUUAAACACUGCAAUGUGAUCAACCGCAAGCCUUUAGUUCCCGUCCAUGUAUGUGGAUCCCAGUUUGCUUACAUCCUCCUGAGUAUGUGAAUUUGGGCUCACAGCACCAAAGCCCAGGCGUAGUUUAAUGCUUGCAAUAUGAAUCCUUGAACAAAUAAAAUUAACUAUCAGUGUG